ACUCGACAUGUCAUUCACACAAACACAUUCCUAACUGGAUUGAGUGUUUGCUCAUUCCUGUGGAUAUUUUCGAGCCUUUAGUGCCGAUACAAAGGAUUUUCUUGAUUACGUUUUGUUUUCUCUGAGAGCUAAGAUAUUGGCACAAAAAAGUCCGUUGUUUAAUCUUUAUUUCCUACCGAAGAAGAAAUGGCGAAGUUCCUAGUGGUGCUGUGUUUGGUUCUCGCAUUCGCUUGCUGUUCGGUUGCCGUCGAAGAAGCAAAUAACAGCUCAGAUCCUUGUAAUGGUGUUUACUGCAAGAAGGGACGCAUGUGUGUGGCAAGUGAAGACAGUUCCACCAGAUGUGUCUGUCCCGAGUCCUGUCCUCAAGUCAUGGAGCCAGUCUGCACUUUCUACAACAAACAACACAACAACACUUGCGAGAUGCAUAGGUUUGCAUGUCGGUAUGGAUUCCACACGGCUGUCAAACACAAGGGCCCCUGCACUCCAGAAGAAACGAAUGCCGUAGGUGGUGGUUGUCCUCUUGAUCGUCUGCUCGACUUUCAUGAUCGCUACCUCGAUUGGCUAAGAAUCGCCUACGAGGAGGCAAAAAAUCUCAAGAUGGAAUUGUACCAGGAAGCAAGGCUCGAGUCUUUGAUAGAUCAAGAAAGAAAGAAGCUCAUUGAGUGGGAGUUUACCUCUCGUGACACCAACAAGAAUGGAAUCCUUGACGUCAGUGAAAUGAAGGUGAUGGUUGAUGAGAGGGAACCUUGUAUGGUCGCUUUGAUAUCUUCAUGCGAUUUCGAUAGUGAGCCUGGCAUAUCGCAAAACGAGUGGAGCACCUGUUUCCCUCUCAGGUUGGAAGGCUUGGAGAAUCAGAUCUCUCAAGAGAUCCUGUGAACCAAAGAUCGCAUUCCCUUGAAGAAUCUCUUAUAAUAUUAUUAACAGACUGAGAUUAGUUUCAUAAGUGCAAGAGUUAAACGUAAUAUCAAGUAAUCGCACAAGUAUUCUUUUGUAAAAAUAUAUAUGCAUGUUGUGUUGGUAGUUAUGGUGGUUGUGCAAUAAUAAAAUUUGGGGUUGUAGGAGA